ACAAAAAAUAUUUUCAAUAUUUUUAAUCUGUGCAUAGAAAAAUGUCUCCUGAGCUGUCCUAUGCAGUUUGACGAGUGUUUUAUUUUAUAAUUGCAUAGUUUUCUAUUAACUAAAUCACACAAAAUCAGUUUCAUACCCACCGCAAGGCUGUGCAACUUGUGGAUGUACAAAUGGAGCCAUGACAGUUGUGUAGUAGUGUCGUCGUAAAUCAUUUAGUAGGACCGACGCUUGUCACGCUAAUCGUUAUUUUGUAGUGUUCGUAAUUGGUUCCUAAACGUUGUGGGGAAUACCAAGUGGUAGUUGGGAUCGAUGGCGGAUUGAGUGCUUCCGCGGUGUGAUUAUUGGCGGGAGGCGGGCUCCCAUAGUUCGGUGACUCAUUCGCGGGCUGGUGACUUGGUGAUCAUGGAUACCGAUGAUGGAGAAUCCUCGAGCAGUGGGCCUAUGUCAAGCCUGAACAGCCUGUUCUCGUUUACAAGUCCCGCUGUCAAGAAAUUGUUGGGGUGGAAACAGGGUGAUGAAGAAGAGAAAUGGGCGGAAAAGGCAGUGGACAGCCUGGUGAAGAAGUUAAAGAAACGGAAAGGUGCCAUCGAGGAGUUGGAGCGAGCGCUGUCAUGUCCCGGCACACCGUCCAAGUGUGUCACUAUACCUAGGUCCCUUGAUGGCAGGUUGCAGGUAUCGCACCGCAAAGGUCUUCCUCACGUGAUAUAUUGCCGCGUGUGGCGCUGGCCCGACCUGCAGAGCCACCACGAGCUCAAACCCUUGGAGAUCUGCCAGUACCCGUUCAGCGCCAAGCAGAAGGAAGUAUGCAUCAACCCCUACCACUACAAGAGAGUCGAGAGUCCUGUCUUACCGCCAGUGUUAGUACCUAGACAUUCUGAAUUCGCUCCAGGCCACUCUUUACUACCCUUCCAAAGGACUGCGGAACCUUCGAUGCCUCAUAAUGUCUCCUACUCCGGUUCAGGGUUCCCUCCAUCGGCUAGCUCAGAGCUUCCUGACACGCCACCUCCAGCGUAUUCCCCACCUUCUGACGACUCAGAACCGCCAGGAGAAGUAGCUCCGGUUUCCUAUCAGGAGCCACUUUACUGGGCCUCUGUUGCAUACUAUGAGCUGAACUGCCGUGUCGGCGAGGUUUUCCAUUGCAACUCCCAUUCGGUGGUGGUCGAUGGCUUCACGGAUCCUUCGAAUAACAGCGACAGGUUCUGUUUAGGACAGCUCAGUAAUGUGAACAGGAAUUCGACGAUUGAGAACACCAGACGUCAUAUAGGGAAAGGAGUACAUUUGUACUACGUAGGCGGGGAAGUUUACGCGGAAUGUUUAUCGGACGCCGCCAUUUUCGUCCAGAGUCGCAACUGUAAUCAUCAUCACGGUUUUCAUCCUUCUACGGUGUGUAAAAUACCUCCCGGCUGUUCCCUUAAGAUCUUCAAUAAUAGAGAGUUCGCCCAACUACUGUCCCAAAGCGUGAAUCACGGUUUCGAAGCGGUCUACGAGCUGACGAAGAUGUGUACGAUUCGUAUGUCGUUUGUGAAAGGCUGGGGGGCGGAGUACCAUCGUCAGGAUGUGACGUCUACUCCUUGUUGGAUAGAGAUCCACCUGCACGGGCCGCUGCAGUGGCUGGACAAGGUGCUGACGCAGAUGGGGUCCCCGCACAACGCCAUCUCGUCGGUGUCUUAGCCGCGUCCCCACUACUCGACAACCCCCACCGUACUUUGGUAUCCGGUAUUAAAAUUCUUUAAUCUCAAAAAUCAUUUCAACCGUUGCAUUUUGUAUUUUUAACGUGACAGAAUAUUUUUAAUCGUUUUUUUAAUGUUUUGUGUUGUAAUAAAGCCCCAAUUGGCAUUUUACAAUUAUGCAGCUCAAACCAUGUGUCCAAUUUAUUGAAUCGUAUAUUAUAAGCGUAUUAUAACGAAUAAAGACAUUAAGGUUUACUAUGCUCGUCAAUAUAAUUUAUGACAAGGUAAAAAAGAUAUUAUUGGUGUAAAUAAAUAAUCUUAAAAACUUUUUGGUAACGUCAAGCACAAAAGUUUAAGUUUCGCCAUAAAUUCGUUCGAUAUUGAUGAUAUUAUUUUAGUAUAUUAUUAUAAAUAUAUUAUUAAGAUAAGACAUACAUAUAUAUGUAAGUUUCGUAUACUUUGUAUGAAUAGCUUAGAUUUAGUUUUAAUGCAAUUUUUAUUUUUAACUAACAUUUGAAUCAUGGUUUUGGUUUUGUGGCUCUUUGUGUAAAAUUGUUGCGCUUUCGCAUAAAUAUACAACAGAUCAAUAUGAAACACAAUCUAUAUGAAAUAUUGGUAAAAACUAUAAAAUAAGUGUAAAAAAUACAAACAUUUAAUACAAUAAUGCCAUAGUAAAUCUUCACAAUAAGAAUAAAAUGGAACAUUGGAUGACAAUAACAUUUUAUACAAAUAAACCACAAAACUAACAGUAGGUAUAGUGUAGCGACGAAUAUGUGUUCUAUAUAUUACAGUAAUUGUAUUUAUAUUUUAUAUAGGUAUGUCAAAUUCGUUUUUUCGACUCGCAACUCCUAUUGAGAGAAUUUAUAUAGAUUAUAAAUAUAUUUUAGAAGAGAGGAAGAGAGAAAGAGUAUGAGUCAUACAGGGUUUGCGUGCAUGCAAAAGAGAAAGAGUAUGUUAGAAAAGGUUAACAAAACGGUAUGUUUUAGUGAUGUUAUGAGUCGAAAAAAUAUUAUUUGCAAAUAAUUUUAAAUCGUGCCAUCAUAAAAGUUGACAGAAUUAAUUUUGUCAUGUAAAUUGUAAAAUCUGAACGUUGCAAUUUCAUUUUAUAGAUUGUUUUGUUCGUAGUUAUUUUAUAUUGUAAAAAGAUGUUUUGUUUUUUAAAUAAAAUUGAGGGAAGUUUUGAUAAAAUGUAAAGUCGAAAUUCAAUGCAAAAUUUUGGAAUCUAGUUGUUUAGGGAUGACAGUUUUAUAAAAAAAAAAUAUAAAGAAUUAAAACCAAAUCAGGGACAUGUACAGAGUAAAGAAAAAUGUGAUUGAUCUCAAAAUAUUAAUAAGAAAUGAUUUAGUUCCUCAAAAAGAGUGACUGUUUCGUGUCCCAGUUAGUAGAGGUAUAGAUAACUUAUAUAUUUUCUAUUAAAAUAUUGCAGUGACUAACUUUUUCAAAACUCGACUAAUCACAAGCCAAGUAAAGUCUUUUAUAUUUGUCAGAUCUAUUCUGCUGACUAUAUUACCCUGGUUUUGCAACAAAAGGGUAUUUAAAUCAAUUUUCUUAUUAAUUCUCUUCAAUAAUCACAUAAUUAAACAAAACAAUAUAUACCAUUGUAAUAAAAAAAAAUGUAAUAAGUUCCCGUGAAUUGUCAAUGUAGUCUAUGAUACAUAGACAAUAUUCAAUUACAUCAUUGCACAGAUACGAAAUGAAAUUAAACAAAUGAGUCUUAAUGAAAUUCAUGAUAUAACUUAUUAUAGUGUGAAACGAAAACCCAAGAAAUAUUGUUCAUGUAUUCAACUUUGCUUACAGAUAGGUCAAUACCAGUGAAUUCAUAUUAUACUUGUUAAAAUGAAAAUAGAACAUAAUGCCUCUGCAUUUAAAUAAAUAUACAAAACUAAAAAUCCUAACCUAUAAAAGGGUAUAUGGAUAAUAAACUUGAAUAUUUCAAACAAAUAAAAUCUAGUGACUAACAAAGUGUCUUAAAUCCAUUUUGUAAUAAAUUAGCGUCAAUAAAAUACGGUUUUCAUAUACAAUUGAUAGUGUUGUUAUAAAACUGAUGGCCUCUGAAUGUGCCUAAAUGUAGUUUGUAUGACCGUCCACAUAAAUAGCUGCUUUUUUGUACGGAUCUUGUCAAUUAGUGAUCACUUUGUAUGAAGGUGCGAUUAGAAUGCAACUGCUGACCGCAAUUGCAGCCUCUGCAUGAACUCGGUCGAUAUCUGCAGGCGACUGCACGUGCAACUGCCGCUUCGAUCCAAAACGGUUUCAUGUAAAUACAUACAAAUCAGUAAUUAAGUCACGGCGCGUGCGGUCGACAGUUGCAGUCAAAAUGUACCUUAGGGGUAAAGCAUGGGUCGUUACCCCCCGCUUUAAAAAUAAGGGUAAACUUAGAGACAAUAUGCCUUGUUGUUGGACUUUUUGUAUGCUCAUUAGUGCAAGUAUGCAAUUGGUUUCAACGAUGAAAAGAACAUUAGUCAAGUAAUUAUAAAAAAGAUUCUUCUAGAUUUUGAUCCCUGGAAUAGAGCAUUUAUAUAAAUGACAUGUGUGACAAGAUCCAUAUAAAAAUCAGUUACGUAUAUAAAGUAUACUUCGUAUAUAUUUUUCUUUUACAAAAUGUUAUUCCAUAUAUAACAUAUUGGCUUGUUGUCAUAAUACAUGCAAACUUAUUUAUAUAUUAUUAUUAUAGUGCCUUUUAAACUCUGAACUUCGACGAAUGCCUUAUUGUUUUAAUUAUUACAUGAGAAUAGUAUUCAUAUUAUAUUUGGAAUUAUCUACGAUAUUGCAUUUUUGUUUUAAUUUUUUAUUAUAAUUUGACCAUAAUUUUAAUAGUGCCUAUUCUUAUAAAUUAGUAUAAAAUACCAUUUGUAUGCCUUAUUUUUCGAAUUCAUAUUUUUAUUGAAGUUGUGUAAAAAGUAGUUGGUAAAUUUUGACAAAACGUUUUAAUUACGAAAAAGAAAACAGUAAGUGAUGUUCUAAAAUUACAAAAAUAUAUGAACAAUAAAACAGCACCUUGUAUGGGUAACGCCAGUUGUCAUUUUUUACCCAACUACUUUUUAAACAACUCCCUGUAUAUGUCUGUUAAAAAACGUAGAAGUCUGUAUACUUAUUGCUGAUAUUACACUGUAUAUUUAAUACUUAUUUUCGAUUGACUGUACCAAUUGAUGGAACAAUAAUUUUUGAAAAAAAAAAAACUUACAGGUAAAACCACUGAGGAAAAUGCAUGUUAUAUUAAUCAUUUUAGCCAAGUUAGUGCCCAGUAAACUAUGAAGCAGUAAGGGCCGUUAUUUCAAUUGUCAGUGGAAUGAAUAUAACGGUUUGACAUACUUUAUGUAUAUACAAACACUGCUAAACGUCAAAUAGUUUCUUGGAGAUGGAAAAAUUGGCCCUUAAAAAAUAUUUAUGAAUUUAUUAGUACAAUCUGUAACAAAUGGACUAAAGUUAAUUUAGCGUAAUUUUUUCUUUCUCUUGGUACAGUCGAAUCGAAAAACAAACUAAAAUACUAAUAAUGGUUAUAUGUGCGUCUGUGUGAUCCUGUGACGUCAGAGUGGAAUGUCUGUUUGUACAUAAUGUUUUACGACGGUGUGGCUAUUGUUAACGUGGUUUUGUUUCGACUGGGUUUGGGUUUGACUUACUUUGAUGCUCUCGUUGUUAUGGCGUAGUAGAUACCUGAUUGACCUUAAAUAUGUCUAAAAUAUUGUAUUGUGGAAUUAACCCUCUUCUUUUAAGUCAAAAACGCACAAUUAACUUCUACUGAAGAUAAGGAAUACAUUAUUUUUUAUGUCUCGACCAGAUGAGGGGACUACAGAGUCCCGGAUUUUUGGAAGGCAAACUUGGGGCCGAAGCCAAAACGCUGAAGCCCUUUUGAGACAACUUUAACUUCAUUAACUUCUAAUGAAGAUAGAAACACAUUAUUACUACCAUAUUUUUAUUGUUAAAUUUUAUAUAAAUCUCCAUUUAUAAAGAAUCACAAAGUGUACCUACUGUAAAAAAAAAUAUAUUAUUUUUUAUUUAAUGUAUUUCCGUGAAUAAUCUGAAAAAGAAAAGUAGUCAAACCCAAAAAGUCUCAUGUCUGUUGAUUUUGUGAGGUUGCUGUCAGUGUCGUUUUGUCGGAUUUAAAUGAAGUGAGUGUUAUGUGGCUCUCUUUCCACUGCAGUGAAGCAUAGCUUUAUUAAAGAACGCACAAGUUUUUGUAACACCGAUGUAAAUAUUUUCUUAUUUAAACCAGCCAUUUAGGUUUCAUAUUUUCAAGAAAUAAAAUCAUUAUUUUUAAUUAUAAAUAGGUAAUACAUGCGAUCACUUUACAUAAAGUAUAUUUUUAACCGACUUCCCAAAAAGGGAGGAGGGUUUCAAUUCGUCGGGAUAUUAUUUUCUAAACGCUAUGGUUGUAAAAUAAACCUAAUGUUCCACUGCAGUGGUUGAGGAGCUUUCUGUACAAAAUUGUGAAUGUUUCGCUCUAUAACUGUAAGAUAGGUGUAAGCGCAUAGAAGCCAUUGUUCAUGUAAUUUUUAGUAUAUUUUUUCUCUGUUUAGCAAUUAAUAAAGUUUCUUUUAUUGAUAUAA